AUGUGUUCUAAAAAAUUAAUUUUGACUUCCAUUAUCCUGCAUAUAGUUUUGGCAAAAGACGUGCCCAGUAUAACGAGCUCCGAAACAAAUCUUACAGUCGUUAUGGGACGCGACGCAUACCUAACUUGCAACGUGGAAAACUUACAAAACUAUAUGGUGGCGUGGUUGCGAGUUGACACGCAGACUAUAUUGACAGUGGGUCAUUUGGUUGUGACAAAGAACCCACGGGUGGGAGUACUCAGUGGUCCUCACUCAUGCACGCUGGCGCUACGAGACACACACCGUAGUGACGCCGGACGAUACAUGUGCCAGCUCAACACUGACCCCAUGAUCGUGCAAAUACAUUACCUUCAAGUUUACGUUCCACCAAAGAUCAUAGAUUCCAGCACUGGUGAAGUGGUUGUAGCGGAAGGUGCCAGUAUAGCCCUGCACUGCGCGGCGUCGGGCAACCCACAACCCAACAUCACUUGGAAAAGGGAGGAAUCCAAACCUCUAACUAUUGCUGGUGAAAGUGUGUUGAAAUGGGAAGGCGAGUGGCUGAAUAUUUCUGUAGCUCAACGGGAUAUGAACUGCGUGCUCUUCUGUAUUGCCAGCAACGGAAUACCGCCAAGCGUCAGCAAAAGAAUUCUUCUAUUCGUCUUGAGUUUGGAGAUGUCAUUUGUCUAA